UAUGUCCAGAGUUGCAGCGCAGCUCUCCGAGGAGCGCGUCCUCUCCCCCACCCCGCGCUCCUCCACCCACCCACCUACUUCCUCCGGCCCCAUACACACGCCAGCGCGGAGCUGCCAAAAAUUUCCACCCUCCGCCCCCCUCCCUAGCUAACUUCCUUCCCGCAUUUCCUGAGCUGGAUGAUCCUAGGGUUUGUAAGACAGGAAAAAAAGGAAGGCGCGAGGGCGGGCGCGAGAGACAGGAUGCUUGUGUUUCGUGCUGCCACCGCCGUCUGAAGGCAGGACAGCGCGCGCCGGGCGGAGGACCCGCGGCAGCCCCCCGGGCUGUCUCCGCGCCCCCCGCCGCCGCCGCCGCCGCCGCCGCCGGCUUCCCAGCGCUCUCGGCCACUCCCGGGCUUCUCGAAGGCGGACCGGAGAGCGCGCCCUCCCUCCGACGCGGAGGAGAACCCCCCCUCCCCCCACGACAGCGCGGGAGCCCGAGAAAGUCCCUGGGACUCCGGGCGAGGAAGUGACACUCCCGGCGCUGCCCGCUGCGCACGGCCUGCGGCACCGCGCGCGGCCCUGGACGAGCGCGCCGUGGACUUCGGGCCCCGCGCCCGCGCCGCGGGUUCCGGGCUCCGCGCCCCGCGGGCUCCGUGCGCGCUGCCCCGGGCCCGGGCUCUUCCCCGCGCCCAUGCGGCCCCCCAGCGCCGCGCCGCAGCCACUGAUCUGACCUCCCCCGGAGACCAUCGCAGGCGCGGGGCCAAGCAGAGGGGAGGGGGAGACGGAGGGGCAGCCUCUUCGGGACUGACUCAUGAAGAACAAGGGUGCCAAGCAGAAGCUGAAACGAAAGGGAGCCGCCAGCGCCUUCGGCUGUGACCUGACGGAGUAUCUGGAAAGCUCGGGACAGGAUGUUCCAUAUGUAUUGAAGAGCUGUGCAGAAUUUAUAGAGACUCACGGCAUUGUGGAUGGAAUUUAUCGGCUUUCGGGAGUCACCUCAAACAUACAACGGCUAAGGCAAGAGUUUGGCUCAGAUCAAUGUCCAGAUCUGACAAGGGAAGUGUACCUCCAGGACAUCCACUGUGUAGGCUCUCUCUGCAAACUGUACUUCAGGGAGCUGCCCAACCCCCUCCUGACUUAUGAGCUCUAUGAGAAAUUCACGGAGGCGGUGUCGCACUGCCCGGAAGAAGGCCAACUGGCCCGCAUCCAAAAUGUUAUCCAGGAGCUCCCCCCGUCCCACUACAGGACCUUGGAAUACCUGAUUCGACACCUGGCCCACAUCGCCUCCUUCAGCAGCAAGACCAACAUGCAUGCCAGGAACCUGGCCCUGGUGUGGGCGCCAAACCUCCUCAGGUCCAAAGAAAUUGAAGCCACUGGUUGCAAUGGAGAUGCUGCCUUCCUUGCCGUUCGGGUCCAGCAGGUGGUGAUUGAAUUCAUCCUGAAUCAUGUGGAUCAAAUCUUUAACAACGGCGCACCCGUGUCUCUGGAGAACGAUGAAAACCGGCCCAUCAUGAAGAGCCUGACCUUGCCAGCCCUCUCCCUGCCCAUGAAGUUGGUGAGUCUGGAGGAAGCUCAGGCCCGGAGCCUGGCUACCAACCAUCCUGCUCGGAAAGAAAGGAGAGAGAAUAGCCUGCCUGAGAUCGUCCCUCCCAUGGGCACCCUCUUCCACACUGUCCUUGAGUUACCAGACAACAAAAGAAAGCUCUCCAGUAAAUCAAAGAAGUGGAAAUCAAUAUUUAACCUGGGACGUUCUGGCUCAGACUCCAAAUCAAAGCUGAGUAGAAAUGGGAGUGUAUUUGUGAGAGGACAGAGGCUCUCAGUGGAAAAGGCUACUAUCCGACCAGCUAAAAGCAUGGACUCGCUGUGCUCAGUGCCCGUGGAAGGGAAAGAAACCAAAGGAAAUUUCAGUCGAACAGUCACCACUGGUGGAUUUUUCAUUCCAGCGGCGAAAAUGCACUCUACUAGCACUGGCAGCUCGUGUGACCUCAGCAAGCAAGAGGGCGAAUGGGGCCAGGAGGGGAUGCCGGCGGGGGCGGAAGGGGGCUUUGACGUGAGCGGUGACCGAAGCCAGCUGCAGGGCGCUCAGGCCCGGGCCCCACCUGAGCAGCUGAAGGUGUUCCGACCCAUCGAGGACCCGGAGAGCGAGCAGACAGCCCCGAAGAUGCUGGGUAUGUUCUACACCUCAAACGACAGCCCCAGCAAGUCUGUCUUUACCAGCAGCCUCUUCCAGAUGGAGCCCUCUCCCCGUCACCAGCGCAAGGCCCUGAACAUCUCCAAGCCCUUUGCUGUGUCCGUGCCACUCCGCGUGUCGGCCGUCAUCAGCACCAACAGCACCCCAUGCAGGACCCCCCCAAAGGAGCUACAGUCUCUUUCCAGCCUGGAAGAGUUUUCUUUCCAGGGCUCAGAGAGUGGAGAGUGGCCCGAAGAGGAGAAGCCACUGGGAGCUGAGACUUCCACAGCAUCUGUACCUAAGAAGGCAGUUCUUGAAAAUAACAAGCCAGGACCCGAGGCAGUGAGAACACUGGAAUGCAGCAAAGGCCUUCCCCUGGAGCCAGGCGCCCAACUGGAGAAGAAAACCUCAGAAAGCUCCCUGGGCUCUCACCAUUCAAGUGAAUUAGAGAAGAAGUUGGAUGCAGAGAACGAGGUGGAGGAGGGAGGAGAGACUGACCAGGUGGAGUCCAGUGCUCUGCAGGAGAGCCCCGGGGCCCGUGCCGAAGCAAUAUUUCUCCAUGAGCUGGAUGAAGAUGAUCUGGCCAACGCCCUGAUCUGGCCUGAGAUUCAACAGGAGCUGAAAAUCAUUGAAUCUGAGGAGGAACUCUCCUCCUUGCCACCACCUCCUCUAAGGGUCAGCCCAACUCAGCCUACUCUUGAGGCUAGUCAGGGGCCUUUUGCUUCCCCAGAGUCUCCAGGGAGCUUGCCUUGCGGCUCCGCCCCAGCGCCAGUGUCUGCCCCUCUGGAGGCGUGGACUAAGGAACCAACCAAUCAGAGCACAGAGAGCGCCUCUGAAGCAGCCAAUAGAGAAAAGCCGGAGACAACUGGCAUCCGCCAUCCAUCUGAGCUGGAACAGGGCCAGCGCCCAGAACCCGGCAGCCUGGCUCCUCUGGAAAUAGUUCCAUUUGAGAAGCCUUCUCCACAAGCAAGGGUGGAGGUGGGCGGCCCGGGGAAUCUGUCUCCCCUGCUCCCGCCUGCUGCUCCUCCUCCCACUCCUUUGGAGGAGGUGCCUCUAGUCCAGCUGUUGAAGGAUGGCUCGGAGGCAGAAGACUCCUCCGGGCAUUUGAAAACAAAUCCAUAUACAGACCAGCUGAAGUCCAAAGGCAGCCCUGGGAUCCCCAGUCUGUGUCAGCGAGACGAGCCCUCUUCAGAACAAAGUGAAAAGCAAAAUUCAAAGCAUGCUGCUUCUGAGGGCAAAGGCUCUGGCUUCCCAAGCCCAACCAGGGAGGCUGAGAUUCCCCCACAAGGAGAGGAGGAUGUUGCCCACUCAGUACAGGAGCCCUCAGACUGUGAUGAAGACGACACUGUGACAGACAUUGCCCAGCACGGCCUGGAGAUGGUGGAGCCCUGGGAGGAGCCUCAGUGGGUGACAAGUCCCCUGCACUCGCCCACAGUUAAAGAUGUACAAGAGGCCCAGAUGCAGGGCCCCCAGGGCCACCUACUAGAGAAGAGGCUUUCCCACAGGCCCAGCCUUCGCCAGAGCCGUUCUCUAGAUGGCAAAACCAUGGUUAAGAGCCAGUGGACUCUUGAGGUUUCCUCCUCCAGCAGCUGUGCUAACCUUGAAGCAGAGAGGAAUUCCAACCCUCUGCAGCCCGUGGCACCCAGGAGCGAGAUUACUGGAUGGGAUGAGAAAGCUAUGAGGUCAUUUCAAGAGUUCUCUGGCCUGAAAAGGACAGAGGUUCCUCCCAACCAGAAGGGACCAGGUGGUUUGCAGCCCACAUCAGCAGAAUCCAGCCCUGUCAGUCAAGCGGAGGGCAAGGAACUGGGAACACACCUGGGGCCAUGCACCCCUCAAACUGAGCAAGGUAGUGAUCCUGGGCCAGAAAGCAGCAAGGAAAAGUCACCUGGUGCGCAGGACAGCACCUCACUUGGAGAGCAGACCCCAAAGUUACAGCUAAAGAGCACUGAGUGUGGGCCCCCAAAGGGGAAAAAUAGGCCUUCUUCUCUCAACUUGGACUCUGCCGUUCCCAUCACUGACCUCUUCCGGUUUGAGACUAUGGCCUCAUUUGGUUCACCUGGAAUGCAGCUCUCUGAGGCAGGAGACCCAAAGGUCACAUGGAUGACCUCAUCUCACUGUAAAGUAGACCCCUGGAGGGUUUACUCCCAGGACUCUCAGGACCUGGACAUUGUUGCUCAUGCCCUGACGGGCCGCCGUAACUCUGCUCCUGUGAGUGUGUCAGCUGUGAGAACCUCCUUCAUGGUCAAAAUGUGCCAGGCCAGGGCGGUCCCAGUCAUCCCACCCAAAAUUCAGUACACCCAGAUCCCACAGCCCCUGCCCUCUCAGAGCUCAGAGGAGAGUGGGGCUCAGUCCCCAGAGAGGAGCCAAGAGGAACCCAGCUCAACUGGCGGGACCUCUCGGAAACUUGCCAAAGAUGAUUCGCUCUCCUCCUUGGAAAGCCCAAAGGAAGAGAAACCAAAGCAAGAUACAGUAGCUGUUGAAUCCUUGCCAAUGGAUGCCACUGCAUCUUGCAUGCACGAGGGACCCACCCUUUCUCCAGAACCAGGUUUGGCUAACCUGCUCUCCACUCAGGAUGCAGUAGUGCAAUGUAGAAAGCGCACAUCAGAGACAGAGCCAUCUGGGGACAACCUUCUUUCUUCAAAAAUAGAGCGACCAUCAGGGGGUUCUAAGCCUUUCCACAGGUCAAGACCAGGAAGACCUCAGAGCCUAAUCUUAUUCAGUCCUCCUUUCCCCAUUAUGGACCCCCCGCCCCCUUCAUCUGCAAUGACAGAUUCCAAGGUCCUGCUGUCCCCUAUCAGAAGUCCCACCCAGACAAUAUCCCCUGGCCUUCUUUGUGGGGAGUUGGCAGAAAACACAUGGGUCACACCAGAAGGGGUUACACUUAGGAAUAAAAUGACCAUCCCUAAGAAUGGCCAGAGACUAGAGACCUCAACAAGCUGUUUUUACCAGCCCCAGCGCAGAUCAGUGAUUCUGGAUGGAAGAAGUGGGAGGCAAAUAGAAUGACAUCAGUUCACCUGCUGGUGUCUGAGAAAAUGUCAUGAUUCAUCUGGAAGUUAUUACAGAGGCAGCUUGCCUUUAUUCCAGGCAGAGGUUAUCCAAGUUUGGGCUUAUUUUGGCCUCUUCUCUUUCCUCAGCCUUUUGACCAUUUAUUAAUUAGAUCAUUUGCCAGAAGAGAGGUCAAGGGAAGGACCAAAAGUUGACAUUCAAGUAAGCCUAUGUGAGCAGGCAGGGAAAGGUCAGGUAAGCGACAGGAUAAAAUGCUGGCCUCCAGUGCUAUUUGGGGCUUAUAAGUUGCAUACUGCCCCACUGCCAUUAUCUAGUACUGUUGAGAGCUGGAUGUGAUAGUGUCUUUUGAAAGAAAGAGAAAUCCUUUGCCUGUGUUGGAAAAUGUUGCUGUUGAGGUUUGAAGCCCUCCUAUUUACUUCAUGCUUUUUAAUGCUCUUUAAAGCAUGUGUUCUUUUAGACCAGUUUUCUGAUAAGCUUUGUAAAAGUGUACUAUCCAGAGUGGCAGCAGGUUUGGAAAUGCAAACUAAUGUACACUUAGCUAUCCAAGUGGGUGAAUUUACCCAUGCUUUCCCUGUAAUCCCUGCAGACCUGUCCCAGUUGGCUCUAUAUACCAGCAUAGAAAAUCAGAACCUAUACUCAAGAGCAAACUCUGAGAUUGGCACAAUCCAAGAGGACUUUCUGACUCUGGCUUUUAUUAAUAUGGGACUCCAGCUGCCACUCUCCUGCCCUCUGAUUUAUAAAUCUAGUAGUCGGGCAGGGUGAGGGGCUGAGCUGAGGGUUACCUCAGUGAAAUGUGCUAAAUCUUCAUUUAGGUAUGAGAUAAAGUGAAGUGAUCUGCUCUCCUUCCAAUAUGAGAGUUCACGAACAGUAUGUCAUCAUAGAGAAAAGCCUCACACAUAGACAGAAGUACACUCCAAACGUUGUGUUUAAAUCAGUGGGACACUCGCAGGAAACACCUCUAGCUGUUUCACUCUCCUUCCACACUAGGCUGGGACUAGAGUACAGGAGAGGAUAAGGGGGGAGCCCUAGGAGGAGAGGGAAGAACGCUUGCAGGGUGGCCAUCAUCCCGCUUGGUGAAAGCUGCCCUUCUUGAAAAUGUAUUUCAUUUUAGCCAGUGGGUGCCUUCCUCCCUCCCCUCCCCCUCCAUUGGUCAAGAGCAGAUUUGAGGCACUCCUCCCCGUCCCGUAAUCCCCCUCAUCCAGCACCCACCCCAGGCACUCAGACUUGCUCUUCUCCUGUCUAUAUGCAAGCAGAAGCAAUAAACCAAUCUGAUUUUAUUUCAGUUAUUUAGAACUUCAAACGGUUCUUUCCUUUUCAGCUGGAGAGAGGAAGGAGAAUUAACAUGACUUGCUGGCAGAUUUUUGGUGCUCUUCCAAAAAGGCCUUCACAGGAGCCCUUCUCAAGGCAAAACCCAUCAGGGUAGCUACACUUUCAGACCUUCUAGGACAACUGUCUUGUUUGAGAAACAAAGACAGGACCUAUUUUUAGCCCGGUGCACCUCUUCUCAGGUUCAAGGCUGGCUGAACUCUGUCCAGGAGCUCAGUCGCUGCAGACAUUUCACUAAGAGCUAGCAGUACCUCUGGGCAGACCUCACAACCAAGGCUGGUGCUGGGCUGGGUAGGGGCUGCACUGAAGUUACCUCCUCCAGUGAGAAACUGGAAGCCGAUGCCCUGCAACAGACACAUAUUCCUCUCUCUCCUUCCCUGAUAAGCCUUACAGAGAGUUUUGAAAUCUUGUCCUAUGCCUUUUAAGCCAGUGUCUAUGACAGAGGUAACUGGCAGGUCAACUGAUGAGUUCUGCUCUCAGAGGGCACUGAGGGAGCCAGGGGAGCAAUUGAAUAGGCCUUUGGUCAGUGUUUUUUGCAUUGGGUGAGCAAGACCUAUUGGACCAACAGCCAAUGGGAUGUAAACCCAUAAGAAAAGUCCUAAGGUAGAGCAUAUCCCCCCUAGGCGAGCAAGGUGAAAGAAUACACUGGUGCCAGAUGAGGAAGGCCGUGUUCAGGAGACUUGAAAAGUGCAUUUCUGCCUUAUCAGAAAAUGUGGCAGACAGGCUUUAUGUCAGUCUCACUACACUGUGGUAUCUACGCUUUUGAUAAAGACCAUGUUAGGAUGUGUGAGAAGGAGGGCACCGCACUUUGCUUCACCAUCAGAACGCUGAGCCGAGUAAUGAAAUAUUUAACCUAUCUUAUGAUCAUUUUAAAUUUGUGUUUGUAAGACUUAGGGGAUAUAUUUUUAUUUGGGGAUAGACUGAGAAGCCACCAUUUACAUAUUAACAAGUGAGUUAAACUGGAGGCACCUACGAAGAUUUAUUAAAUGGCUGCCAUGUUCCUUAGACUCUGACAUCUUUCAUUUGUAGCUCAUUUUCAGGAGUGUGAGUGUGUGGAUGUCAUCAUAAGGUGACAACUGUCUGGAGAUAUUCCCUACUCUGAGCUUGCUUAGCCAAUCAAUCCAGAAGGCCUUGGAAGCAGACUCACCUUCUUGGUCAGUGUCUUGCUGCAAAAGUGUGGACCUCUCCAUAAACUUCCUGUGAGCUGGGGCUAGCCUGGCACUGAUGAAAUUCCAUUCCAUGACAAGGAAAACUCAUUACAUUUCUCCCUUGAAAUUGUUCCCCCCAAAUCUCCUGAGAGUACCUAUUUGGUCAUCCACUUGGGACUGAAAAAUGAACCCCCGGAGAACGGCUGGAUGGAAAUCAGACUGCCUGAUUCCAUCUAGGGGAAGGAGGGAAGAGGUUUAUAGGAGGAUCUACAUGGUGCCCUAGAAAGGGCCAUAGAAACAAAUUCUCAAAGAGUGCUUUCAAAUCAACUAUUGGUCCUCAAAAUGGGGGUGGCUGAUUUUAAAUGUUGAAUUUAAAGUGAAAUACAUGCACACUCUAAUGUUUCUUUCAGUGUUAAUGGUUGCUUAAGAAGAUAAUAACCUGUAUUUAUUGGCAAAAUGGCCCUCCCAGGCCAACUUUUUUUUUUUCUUUUUUUGCCAAAGUGUACCAGGUAGAGGGAAUUUUUUAUUCUCUGCUUCAAGUGGAAUAUGAAGAGGCGUGACCAAAAACUCCAUUAAGACACUGUUAGCCUAAUCUAAGCUCUAAAAUUCAAAAUAUUGGCCAAGGCAAAAUUCUGAAUUCUGGGAAGAUUAAAAAUGUGAACAUUAUCAUCCUCAACAGACAAUAUUUAUUGAG